GUUGAACAAACAACAACAACAACACAAUCAACAACAACAACAACAAUAACACACCAAACACACAAUCAUCGAGUGAUAUGUGAGAGCACAUUGUUGAUACAGUCGUGUGUGGAUAACCAUCAAUCAAUCAAUCAAUCAAUAAGUCACAAUAUAACUUCAACUUAUCAUUCAUCCCAUCACUUCUUUCAUCUUAUCAAACCUAUCAUCUCAUCAUCCCAUCAACUCAUCAUCCCUAUCAUCAUCCUCACAACAAACUUUAAUGUUGUGUUGUCGGAGAAUAGAGGAGAGAGUAAGAGUGAUAUGGCUGGCAGCGACACACACACAGACCACAAACGCACGUCGAUCAGUGUCAACAGCGGAACGCCAACAGGCAGUGGCCUACUGAGGUUGAGUCAGGGAGGCCAGCCCAGACAGUCCCUGAGUGGUAGCUUCGGGGCCAUGGACGCAGGGGCCAAGGCCGCCCUGAAGACCUCCAACAACUCUGGGUCAAAGUUGCAGCCACAGACUCAGCAGUCUCUGCCGCAGCAGCAACAACAACAGAGUAUUGUACCCAAUGGCAAGGGUAAUGCACAAGCAUCGAGUGCCUAUGACAAUGUAACAAAUAGCAACAACAUCAAUAACAAACCUGUAGAAAUCAAACCAACAACAACACCAUCAUCACCAAUCACAACACAACCAAUCAACAACCCAGCGCAGCAACAACAACAGGCUGGUCCACCCACCAGUGCUGUUGCCAACAAUGCAGCUUUCCCAGGCGCCGGAUCAGUUCUAAAGAAUGGAAUAUGGUACGCCGAGUCAGAGCUUGCCGAGGAGAACUUUGUCUGGGCGCCCAAGUACUGGACGGUGGAUCGCAUUGGCAAAUGGGUCGAUGACAUCGAGUUCACCGAGAGUCAGACCACAGCCACCGGCGCAGUCAGUCCAUCAACAUCAUCAACAUCUAUUAACAAUACCGUAUCAUCAUCAUCAACGCAGACUCAACUACAACAACAACAUAGUACAAAUACAACAUCAACAAAGCCAACAUCAAGUACACACUUUAUAGAUAAAGAU